AUGACAGAACAGAGUAGUGCAAUACACUCACCGAGGAAUACAGAUUUUGAUGAAUGUAAUAGUUCUGAUGUAAACACAGAAGAAGAGCAUGAUGAUGAAGGAAAUGAACGAGAUAAAGAUGAAGAGAAUGAAAAUUUCCGCACACCUAAAGCCCAAAAAAGAGUCAAUGAAGAGAAAAUUAGUUUUAAGUCAAAAAAAAGAAAGAAACAACUAUGUAUGAUCGGCUGUUAG